CAAAGUCACCCGACAACACCAUCCAACAACACGCCUUCUUCAAUUCCUCUUCCCGUUGAGAUUCUAUAUAAUUUAGUCAUACCAUAGCAAGAUGCCCAUCAUUGAUCAACUUCGUCAACGCGACUUGACAUAUGCGAUAGCGAAUGCGGCGUUGGAAGAUGUCAAGCGUGCGUUGGCAGCAGGGUCGGAUCCCAACUUGGAGCCUUUGGGCUCGGAUUACCAUUCUCCCUUGGAACACGCCUUUGCCGAGCACUGUGCCGGUCGUCCGCACAUGGAAGCCAUUAUCCGAGAACUGUUAAAAGCGGGCGUAUCCCCGGAAGUACGUCGUGAAACACUCUUUCGUGCUUCCAUUGAAUUGGGAAAUCGUCGUCAGAGUGCUCGCAAUCCGUACGCUCGUCGUGUCACUCCGGAACGAUUGCGAGAUUUCAUUGCCAUUCUAAAGAAUUACGAACCCGGUCAACACGACAAUGCCAGUGUGGUCAAGAAACAACCGACGGCGGCCGCCACCAUUCAAAUGUGGCAUCACAUGUUGUUUUCGGAAAAAUUCAGUGACGUGCAAUUCCAAUUUGAAGACAAUACCGUCGUCCACGCCCACAAGUGCGUCUUGGCGGCUGCCAGUCCGUAUUUUGACAAUUACUUUUCCGGUCCGUGGGGAAAGAAUCACCCGGAUGGAGUUUGGAAAACCACCAACUCGGUGCCCAUUAUGAAGGCCGUGCUCACGUAUAUUUACACGGGAAGUGUCGAUAUGGAUGUGUUGCUGCAACCCGAAAAUUUGAGUCAUACACUGUCGUUGGCGGUGCAAUAUCAACUGCCCGAUUUGCAAAAAUUGGUGGAAGCCAGUCUCAAAAAGGCACUCCAAUUAGUGACCCUAAAAGAUACCCUGGUGACGGCACAAAUGCAUUCCUUGAUGGACCUCAAGGCGGCCUGUUUUGAUUUCAUUCGAACGCAUUCUCUAUCUGUCAUGUUCGAACCAUCCAUCAUGUCAAUGGCACAAGAAUAUCCCGAUCUGUGGAUGGAAUUGGCCGAGACUGUUGGUGGAAGAAAAAAUAGCAACAAACGGCCGCGACCAGAAGAUGGAGAGGGCGGUCAGGAAACGCAUUAGCAUUGAUUGAAGAUACUCAGCAUCUAUCUAUUAUCCAUCAAUCAGACACAAGAUGCUCUCCAAUUCGCCAUAGUAUUUUUUUAGGGAUUAUGUAUGCAUUAUGUCCGAUGCAAUGGCCAAGUUAUUGAUGCCUGUAGUAAGGACAGUACAUGUAGUGAUCAUGAGAGAUUAGAAUGUUGUGAACAAAACUGUUCAAAUUCAGAUCCCUUCGACUGACCUUCGUACAACAGUUUUGGAUUGACCAAUCGUAUGCGGCAGCUGGUACCUUGCCUAAGCGCUCAUGUGUCUCCCUGGGUGCUCAGAAGAUGACCAGCAAGCUACGGUAGUUCAAACGUAUAGGAGCAAAUCAGCAAAUCCAUAAUUACUAGACUAGCUAGCAACUACUACACAUC